AUGGCUUCUGAAGCUGACAAGAUCCUCAAAUCCGCCGAGAAAAAGGCCAACUCGUCCGGUGGAUGGUUCAGCUCGGCCUCAUCGAAAUGGGAAGACGCGGGUGACCUGUUCGCUCAGGCUGCGAAUGCGUACAAGGUCGAGAGGAAUUGGAGAGCCAGUGGAAUCGCUUUUGAGAAGGAGGCCGAUUGUCGACUGAAAGGUGGGGAGAACAACGAUGCCAUGAACGCUUACCACAACGCCGCCAAGAGCUACAAGAAGUCUGAUCCGGAAGCUGCCGUCUCGGCUUUGCAUCAAACUAUCAAGUUGCUCAUCAAGGCGGGUAGCUUCCGCCAAGCGGCAGAUCGGGAGAAAGAGAUCGCUCAAGUAUACGCUCAGGACAACCUGGAUGCAGCUAAAGCGAGGGAUAGCUACGUUCGAGCAGGGGAAUGGUACAAGCAAGAAGAAGCUAACGCCACCGCCAACCAAUGUUUCCAAUCCGCUGCUGAGCUCUCGGCUGACAUCGGGGAUCUCGGCAAAGCCAUCGAGCUGUACGAGCAGGUUGGAGAUUGGAGCUUGUCCAGCCCUUUAACCAAGUACAGCGUCAAGGAGUAUUGGUUGCGUGCAGCGCUGUGUAGUAUGGCUAUGGGGGACCUGGUGACGUGUCAGCGGCUGCUCCAAUCGUUCGCCCAGAAGGACGUCACCUUCCCUUCGACUCGAGAAGCGAAGUUCGCUCAACACGUAAUGGACGCCUGCGAGCAAGGUGACGUCGAGGCAUUCCAGGAGGCCGUGUUCAACUAUGACCAGGUGACCAAGCUGGACAACUGGAAGACGGGCGUCUUGCUGCGGAUCAAGAAGGGUCUCGAGAGCGAGGUCGAGGGGUUGACGUGA